AUGGGCGAUUUUCAAUCAUUUUCGACAUAUUCCGCUCCCUUUUCGGCAACGGAAUUGAUUAAUCGACCCGAUAAAACAUACGCAGUCAAAGGCCAAGCUGAAUUCUUGGCUGUCGCCGUGGCCCUCGAUGUCCCCAUCCUCAGCGCUCAAAACAAUGUCAUCGCCAGCAUGAACAUCCUCUCAGCUGGUGCAGGUGCUUCAUUCGCUGUGUUUGCAUCAGCUGAAGAGCUUAGUCUCGACGCAGACGAGGACUUUAUCAAUGCGACACCCGGAGUGCGCGAUUGGAUUCAGAAAGCGAAGGACAGCCAAAAGUUCAGACGAUAUGUCACAAAAAAGAUUGUUACCGCUCAAGGAGUUGCGAGUGACUCGCCUCAACUUGCCGCUGCUAUUAACGAGAUACGAGUUUUGUCGAAUGAGACUAUUCGACAAUGCGAUUUUAUUGUCUCGAUGCUAGCCAUUUCGUGGAGCGAGUCACCGAGUGUCGGGCGGUUUUGGCCACAGGUUUUGCUCGAGGCUGCUGAUGAGGGGACGUUGGCGGAGUAUCUCGCCUCUAACAAAGCGGACUUCAAGUCCCAAUUGGCAAUAUCCAUGAACAUCGGCCGUGCGCUGCAGUUUCUCCACGCUCACGGCAUCGUGCACGCUGAUCUGAAGCCAACGAACGUGCUCGUCUUCACGUCUGGCUUGGAUGAACACCAGCAUGACCUCCUUCAUAAAACUGGUCUUCCGCCAAUCCGGGCUAAACUUUGCGACUUUGGAUAUGCGGUCAUUCUUGAUGAUUAUAAAUCUGAGCACAUGUUUCAAGCGAGGAUUGGCAGCCUUCCAUGGAUGGCACCUGAACUUGACGCCGAAGAACCUAUUAGAUUGGAGGAUCUUCAUAAGACGGAUAUUUAUUCUCUUGGAUUACUCACUGCCAGCAUCUUCAUGAAGGGUUGUACACCGCUUGAGUCACUGAGUCCGGGUGAUGUUUUGGAGAUGAAGAAGAAGUCACCCGGCCAGUCAAGCUCAGCAGUUGGAUCACUCAUAGAGAACAUCAAAGAGAAGACACCUCUCUCGGAACAGCAGGAAGAGUUCGUCUACGCCUUUCUCGAGGGAACCUGUGCACCUUCACCCUCGGGCAGGGUGUCAUUAUCAGCGAUACAGAGUUAUCUUUUCCUGGGACUCAUGCAACAUCUACAUACUGGAAAGGCAACCAUUCCCCUAGAGUGGUUCAAGGAUCUACGGCCAGCUGUAGACGGAUACAAGGGCGCUCUGGGUGCGCUUGAGAAGAAACAUUCAGGAUUGACAAAUGAAAUCGACCAGGACGAAAUGCUCAUCCAACUACGACAAAUGUACGACCAAGUCAUAUCCAUCAGGAUCAACAACCCAGAGUUCGAGAAAAUGCUCGCAACAUGCUUCGAAGAUCACAGCCUCAAACCAGCUAGUCUCAAGAAGUUUAAGAAGAACUGGAAGCCCGAUGAGGAUACUCAAGACAGUGAGGGCUUCAUCUCUCGAAUGGAGGAGACAUUCGAUGGAGCUAUCUCUAAAGUUCCAGAUUUUGCAUUUGAGCACACCUUAAACGUAUCACUCAUCCCAAGAGUGGCGCAGGAAGAGGUCUUUCGGGAUUUGAGGGAAAGCGUUGAGUCAGGAGAUGUACAAAACUCUGCUGCUCCUUUGCAUCUUGCAGGCGCAUAUCUCAAUGGACAGCUCGUCGAGCCAUCGAUAGAGAGAGGCCUGGAGCAUCUUGUUACAGCAGCUAUGAUGGAUAACCCUGAUGCAUUGUCUAUUAUUCUUAGAAUCUUCGAUGCAUGCGACACCCCUCUGCCGCCAGAGAGCAAAGAUGAACUUCUUAGCAAAGUUGAGUCAUACGGAACAAAGACGUUCGGUCUUGCUCAAGGAACACUAUUCGACCAUUUAGUCCCGAAGCAUCUCUCAACCACUCAAGUCCUCGGCAAGACCUGGGUUCACAAGUGGCCAGAGAAGUAUGAAGCAUAUCUCGCAACUGAGAGAAAGUUUCCGAAUAUGUUUCUUCUCCACUGCAACAGCCCUUUGUUCUUGAAGGACAAGCCAAUUAUGAACACUCCAGUAUUCGACUUUGAUCGACUAUCGUGUAUGAAAGAUGCAGGAAAAGAAAACAUUGACCCAGGAAGGAUGGAGGAGUUCAAAGAGGAAGCCACUCGACUUGACUGCCUCAACUGCUGCAACAAGGAUGGCUUUACCCUGCUUCAGAUUGCAGCUUGUAAGAACGAUCUUGCCAUGGCGCGUGCUCUAGUCGACCUUGGUGCUGAUGCUAACGCACAUGGCAACACUCACGGCUGGGCACCAUUGCUUCUAAGCUGCCACUGCGGCCACUCCGACAUGGCAAAACUCCUUAUCGACAACGGCGCUGACCCAACUAUUCGAGAGACUCUCUACGGCGCGACGGUUCUUCACUCCCUAACGCAGUUCUCCAAACGUGAGCACUGCGAGGAGAUAUUUGACAUUGCUUUGUCAGCUGGUCUCGACAUCAAUGUCCAGAUGAAGAACGGUGCAACUCCACUCCACACUACAUUUGCAUCAUGGGAUUAUUCUCAAGGGCUGGCCACUGAGCUUCUGCUGGAGUAUGGUGCAGAUCCGACGAGACAUGUCCAAGAAUGGGAUGGAUUCUUGAAUUUCAACACUGCUAUUGCGCAUGCGGCUCAGCAACUUGACGUCGAUCUUCUGCGGAAAAUGUUAGCUGCCUCAGAGGCCUUGGUGGCUAUUCUGGGCUUGUCAGCACGACGUCAACUCAGCGAUGCCAAAGCUCAAGCGCUGAGUGCUCUUUUCCGCAGAACACGCUUCUACUGUAUGUGCGUCGGAGGCAAAGGGUACAAGGAAAAGUUGGAGACUGUCAUCUCUCUCCUAGCUGACGAAGAUACUCGGGCGGUGAUGAUUGAGAGACGACGAGUGGAUAAGAAGCAACCGACCGAUCCGUUCUUGACGAUGUGCACCUUCAGAGGGUCAGGCUUCUUCGUCGAUGCAUUUCUGAAAGUCUUUCCAGAUACUAUCAUCGACGAUCCUUCGUGGAACUUGCCCCGAUUGUUUCUUCAUGUCGCUAUUGAGAGGAGAGAUAUUGAGGCAGUACGUGCUUUUGUCAGACAAGGUGCGAAUAUUCUCACCAAGGAGAGACGAGGGCGGAACGCUCUUCACUUUGCGGCGCACUACUUCCCCAAAAUCUUGCCAGAGCUUAUCACGACGCUUGAAGAGUUCCCCUUAGAGAAACGACAGAGCAAGAGCAUGACGGAGAUAUUGGAGGGGCAGUGCAACUCUGGCCUUACAGUGUUUGCUCAGCUUCUCGUCGAAGGCUACGAUGAUGAGCGCAAACUGGCUGAGGCUCUACGUGCGAAGCACUCUUUGAAGCAUGAUUACAAGAUGAGUCGAGAUGGCACGUGGGUAACAUUCGGAGGCUACCUCGUCUCACUCGCUGUCGCCGAUGGCUUGGUACCCAUCGAACAUAUCCAGUAUCUCCUCAAUCUCGAUCCACUUCCCGAGUACGUAACUACACCGGCGGGCAAGACUUUACUAGCAACAGCUAUAGAGGGCUUUUCAGGAUCUCGAGAUUCGUAUGACCUUGCAUGCCACCAAAUCACAAGAAUGCUCUUAGCAAAGUACCCAGCUUUCGAUGACAUUUUUCGCAUAGCAGAUGAAAGAGGUCGGACUUCUCUGCACAUGGCAGCUUACUGGUCCAACAAGACCGCUUUGCAAAUGAUCAAAGACCAUGCACAAUGGCACUUCCCCGGCAAGAAAAUUCCAUGGAAUACAGUGGCUAGUGGCAACACGGUCUUGGACCACGCGUUACUCGGUAUCAAAGAGAAGUCACUCCCAGCGCUUGAUACUGAAGUCAAUAAAGUGGCAACAAGGUCUACUAAGAAAGCUGCGUUGGCGUGCUACGUGUUCUUACGUGAGAAUGGGGCAUUGCAUAAUUGGGAGUUGGAAGGGUCCUUGGUAGCGGCACGGUUGAUCAUGUACCCACCUGACUUCCAGAAGAUUGGCCUUUUCUUGAGACUUGCGACACAAAGACUCGGGCUAGGUCCACCAGACGUCGACUUUGACAGAUGCGUCGAAGUUGGCACCACUACCAGUCUUGAUGGAAGGCUUAUCCGAGUUCCGGUCGUGGACCUCAUCUGGAAACAUGACAACUUUAUCCUCAGAUUCUAUUCAGUCCGCAUAUCUUCUCUAGCAGUCGAAGGCUUCCGUCAAUUUCACGGCUGGAUUGAGAAGAGAAUGACAGAGACCGAACCAAGAUGUUAUGAAAGUCUAGGUCUACCCGCCGGACUUUGGCCGUUCAUGACUCUCACCUACGGCCAACCCAUACCCUACGCAAAAGACACUAUGCGCUGGACUCGUGAUGGGCGGGUUUGGACUGAAGAGGAACGCGAUGGUCUGAAGUCACAGUUUUCUUCACUAUGGGAGAUUUUCUUCGGGGAGGUUGAAGAACAGUUCUUGUCUAGGUUCGAGAUGGCUUAA